UUGAGUCUUUUUUUUAUUCAGAGGAUUGCUAAUUCACACGAGAUUUCCACGUCAAUGAUUUUAAGCGAGUUUUCUCGCUGCAGCUCAGCUUUAGUCGUUCCCGGGCCUCUCGGAGCUGUGGACGCUAAUGAUGUAACCAGCUCAGGGCGAGCUCCGUCAGUUUGCAGUGGCUGCUUUGAAAGCCAAGCCGGAUAGCCGGUUUCUCGGGCUCGCUUCAAGUGAUGUCAUCCAACUCCAGCCAGGCGAGGGAGAGCCUCGCUGCAACGCUACCCUGGACAGCGCCGGCCACCGCUGCUGCUGCCAGUCUCGGCAACACGCAGGCGGAAAAGUAACGUACACUUCAGCUCCAGUGUCUCCUGAAACAAGCAAGACCAAUGGACAUUAAGCAAGCAUUCUCCAAUGGGGCAGUGGCGCCUAAUGCAGUGAUUAUCUAAUGCUCCAACCAAAGCAAUCUCUAACGUGCAGUUCAGCCGGUAUAUUGUUGGGCAUUUCCAAUGCAUUUUCUUCGAAGUGCAUAAAUAUAGAUUUCUAGCCUUUAGGCUGGAUUUAUGGAGCGGGGUACUACCUAUGGAUGAACUGUCAGUACACUCUCCCGAUCACAUUGUACGAAGUAGAGGGAGUCCUGAGCACACCGUGUAUCUUUGGACAUUGGAUAGAUUUCCGAUUCAUGCUUGAAAAAAUUAUUGUUUCGCGUGUUUGAUCUUGAAUGCAACCGUAACGUGAGAGCGAACUGGGGCCAGUACCUGAUCUGAGGAUUAUUGGAAACUGAAUGAUCUCUGCAACGAGCGAUGGCAAAUGAACCAGUCAUUCUCAAUGUUUACGAUAUGUAUUGGAUUAACGAGUACACAUCCACACUUGGAAUAGGAGUUUUUCAUUCGGGUAUUGAACUAUACGGAAGAGAGUAUGCCUAUGGAGGACACCCGUACUCUUUCAGUGGAAUCUUCGAGAUCACACCUGGAAAUGCUGCAGAAUUGGGGGAGACAUUUAAAUUCAAAGAGGCCAUUGCCCUUGGCACCACAGACUUCACAGAGGAAGAUGUUGACAAAAUUAUUGAAGAGCUUGGGAAGGAGUUCAAGGGCAAUGCUUACCAUCUCAUGCACAAGAACUGCAACCACUUCUCUGCAGGCCUGGCAGAGAUCCUGUGUGGUAAGGAGAUCCCUCGCUGGGUGAAUCGGUUGGCUUACUUCAGUUCCUGUAUCCCGUUCCUCCAGAGUUGUCUCCCCAAGGAAUGGCUCACGCCCGCAGCUCUCCAGAGCCACAUCAGCAGCCAGGGCUUAAACAAGGACGAUCAGAGUGACACAGGAGACGAUGACUCCCCGUCCACCUCAGCCUCUGCAACCACCUCAGGAUCUACCAGGACCUGCAGACACACCAGAGUCUAAACAUGUCUCUGAACUGUAACUUCUCUGACCCUUUUCCAGUUUUUCAUAUCUGUUUUUGUAGACUUUCUGUGAUAAGCUUUACAGCCUAGGUCUGAUACCAAGUCAAAACCCAAUGAGAGGCAUAAAACAAUGGUUUGGAAUGAUAACUGAGUGAUCAUCAAGAGCUUAACUCCCAGGGGACCUGGGUUGACAAGAAGAUGGUAUCGGAGCCUAUUUCCCAUUCGAUAUUCCAGAUUCUUUUUUAGAAUACCUCUUGUGCACAUUUCACACUGACAACCAACCGUUUACAUAUGCUGGAAACUGCAAGAACAUCUGGUGUGGACUGCACUUGUCUGCGCAGUGAAUACGUCCACGCAGUGUUAGUAAAUAACAUCAAAAAGGAAAUAUAUUUAUAAGAACAAUUUGACUUGGAAACAGGACAGCAUUGACCUCAUACGGAUUUUCUUUUGCCAAAUUUUGCUUUAUGAUGUUGUAAUGAGCUCCAGUCCAGCACACAGAGGAAGGGGCACAAGGAAUAGAUACUGUUGUGCAGGCACUGAGAAUCUAAAUUGAUAUGAGGGGCAGAUGGACAGUAGAGAGCACUGCACUGGUGUAUGGACUGUAUGCACCAUACUAAGUGGAAGUGCCUGUAAUGGUACAUUAGCAGUGGGGGACUGGUCUGGCAUCGUGACAGUAGCUGUGAUUAUGUAGACACACUGUACUGACUCUAGGACACAUGGCUCAGGCAUCUCGAUGGCAGGGAGAAUGAUCCCAGCCGGUCAGGAAGGAGAGCUGCACUGACAUAUUCAGAUUAAAGAAUGUUCUACCAGCACACUGAAAAUGCAGGCACCAUGUUGGCGCAGGACUGUUGAUUGGACCAUUUUGGCAACACACAGAGCAAGGGACAUGGAUUUGGCAUGCAGGCAGUAAAUGAGGUUGUGCUGGCUCAAUAGGCCACUGCACAGGCAAACCAACAGUAGGAAAUAGUUGUGACACAGUCGGCAAUGCUGUAGCACUGGCAACAGGCAAACACUGGGAGAAUUCAGGCAAAGGAUUCAACGGCAUGGUGCAAUGCGUGGAAGGUGGAGGGGUGAUAUUGCCGCAGAGAUAGCCGAUGGGGUCUGUACAGGAACGCAGGCAGCACCUAGACCACAGGGAUCUCCAUGGGGUAAUGCAUCGCCAUACAGACUAGACAGGCACUGCACUGCCACAGUGAUGGUAGGAGAGGCACUGCACUGCUAUGAAGACCGAAGAUAAAGCACUCCAGUACCACACAGACAGUAGGAGGAGGUCCACGCUGCCACACAGCAGAAGGACCAAGGUUGUGCUGCCACACAGUUGUCAGGGAGGUCACUGUACUGGUGGACUAAGAGCAGGAGGGCACUGUAAUACUUCACCAAUAGAAGGAGAGAGAAGAGGCACCAUAUUGCCUCAAAACACACACACACACACAUAGUAGAAAGGCCAACAUAUAGACAGGAGGUGCUGAUGUGCUGAAAUUCAAUUUUUCUUGACAAUUUAGAUCUAAAAGUGUUAAAUGGAAAGCCUCAGAUCCGAUGAAAAAUAACACAUACCUUAGUCAAUGGACUGGAGAUUGUAGUGACCUUGUGAAUCAGUUAUACCAGAGUAAUUCAUUCGCAGUGAACACUGGCAUGGUGAAUUUCUGCAUUUCAAUCUUGACAUCUUGUGAUUUGCUUUGAAUAUUAGCAGUUUUGCAUUAA